AUGACGACACAGAACUACAAGUGUCAAGCAGCACUCGAGAGCAGUGCGGACGCCAUAGCGAAGGAGAUGUCCGAAGCAAGAAGCGGCCCACUCCGACCAACAUUCAUUUCUAGGCCAGCCCCGUAUAGCUCUGAGGGAAAAGACUUUGCAUUCGCCUUCGACAUCGAUGGAGUCAUAUACAAAUCCGGUGAACUUUGUCCCGGAGCGAAAGAUGCGAUGGAAUGCAUCAACCAAAACAACAUCCCAUUUAUCUUUCUUACAAACGGUGGUGGGAAAACUGAAUCUGUUCGCGCACAAGACAUGUCGAAAAAGCUUGGAAUAGACAUCCGUGCUGAGCAAUUCAUCCAGGCACACACUCCUUUCAAGCAAUACGCUCCCGAGUACAAAGACAAAGUAGUCCUGGUCCUUGGAGGAGUUGGAGAUGCAUGCAGACAGGUCGCCGAGUCGGCAUAUGGUUUCAAGAACGUCGUCACCAGCGCAGAUCUCACAACAAAUAUCCCGUGCCUCUCACCUUUCAACGAGAUCCAUGGUGAGUACUUCAGCAAGACGGCCAGAGCUCUGCCAAUAACCAAGAAUGCUAGUGGAAGCAAAGGUGGCAUCCAGAUCUCAGCGAUUUUUGUGUUCUCCUCCCCAAGAGAAUGGUACCUCGACUUGCAGAUCAUUACCGACCUCCUGCUCUCCGAGCGUGGCAUUUUCGGCACCGUCUCUUCCAAGAACAACAAUCCCGACCUGCCAAACAAAGGAUAUCUCCAAGAUGGACAACCCAAGCUGUACUUCUCCAAUCCAGACAUCACUUAUGCCACGCAGUACCACAUCCCCAGGCUAUGCCAGGGCACUUUCAAGUAA